GUAAUUCUCAUCAGUUUCAAAUUUUCUCUCAUAUUCCCUCACUUUCCUCUCUGAAAAUUUUCUUUCAUUUUCCCUGAAAAUUAUCUGAUGGCGCCAAGAGCAGAGAAGAAGCCGGCGGAGAAGAAGCCAGCCGCCGAGAAGCCCACGGAGGAGAAGAAAACCUUGGCCGAGAAGACACCUGCCGAGAAGAAACCCAAGGCCGGAAAGAAGCUCCCAAAGGAAGGCGGUGCUUCCGUCGGAGACAAGAAGAAGAAAAGAACGAAGAAGAGCGUCGAAACCUAUAAGAUUUAUAUCUUCAAGGUCUUGAAACAGGUUCAUCCAGAUAUAGGAAUCUCCAGCAAAGCCAUGGGUAUUAUGAACAGCUUCAUAAACGAUAUCUUUGAGAAGCUGGCACAGGAAGCUUCCAGGCUCGCUCGAUACAACAAGAAGCCCACGAUCACUUCUCGGGAGAUCCAGACCGCUGUCAGGCUCGUUCUUCCCGGUGAAUUGGCCAAACAUGCGGUUUCGGAGGGGACCAAGGCAGUGACUAAAUUUACUAGCUCUUGAAGCCGUAAUCUUUGUGUGUUUAGGUUAGGGUUUGAAUGGGUUCUUGACUAAUUGUUUGAAAAAAUUAGGGAUAGGGUUUUUGUGUUCAUUAUAAUUAUGUCAUUUGUAAUGAUAUAGAUAGUUGUAGUUACUUACUGGUCUUUGAUAAAUGAUUAAAGGAAAUGCUUUUGAAGACAUUUUAA